AUGCUCAUUGUCGUCUCCUCUGGCCAUGUAUCUGGCCUUGGUGUCGUCAUCAACACAAUGGAAAAGGAAAACAACAGCAGGGAAGAUAUCUCCUCCCCAAGCGCCGCGAGGCCACCACGGAGGAGUUACAGCUCGCCAACCAUCCCUUCAAUCAACGACAACGCAAAGAGGAAACAAUCCGAUAGAACACCAGCAUCACCAAGCCAGACUCCGAUAACUCCUGUCGUCCACAAGAGGAUCCAUAAUGUUGCCGCUAGAGUUCCUUUUGGAUGCGUCCAAGGCAGAAGGAGUCUAUGUAGACUCUUCGACUUGACUGAGGCGGAGAGCAAUCCUUUGCCAAAGCGCACUCAACAGAUGGUGGAGUCAGUGCUGGCUCUUUUCCGAAAAGACGAUUCGAUUCAAGCACGAUGGUGGCCACUCUCAACAAUUGUGGGUGCUUGCCAGCGUCUUGCGAACUUUGACCGGUCGACUCCCCUUGUCAAAGAUACGUAUCGUCUUCAAUUUUCCGUGGACACGACACUCCAAGGUUUAUUGCAUCCAUCAUUCAUUGAUGUUGUUGGCGAUGUGGCUUCACUGGAAGACGGAUCAAAACAAAUUUACAUUCGUCAAAUUAAAAAAGAAGCAGCAAUUUACGCAGAUUUCUCAGAAUCCGUUCCACGGUUGCCCGAAGCUGCUGUCAGGAACGCCUCGGAAUGGAUGCAGGAAUUGAGAGCCACUCGGCUGUCACUGAAGCCAUACAUGUCUCUCGAAAGUUAUGCAAUGAUCAAUUAUUGGUACUCUACCGAAGCGGAAAGUCUUUUUGGUGCAAGAGAAGGGGAAACAGCGAGAGAGGCCGCCCAAACGCUCCAGGCACUGCUGAGAGAUGCUUCCAAGAGCACUGAACGUGCUAAAGAGCUGAUUAUUGGUCUUGGCAAGACGGAUUCCAAGACAUACUAUGUUGACAACUACGAUGGAGAACCACUGGAAAUGUCUUUUGAUGGUAUCAGAGUUGAAAAGCUUGCGACCGCGAUUAAUAAGAGAGCAUCGUAUUUGGUCCGUGCCAUUACUCUGAUGCUUGAAACCGAUGCCGAAAAUGAGCUUCCCAAUUUCGCAGACAAAUGCAAACAGGCACUGGCAGAGGUCCAAGCAAUAACGUUCGAUACUUCAAUCACCAGUUCACGGAUGAUCGGGGAGUGGCUGCGGCAGUUUCGAGUACAUCGACGGUUCCCUAAUCCCUUGAUGAAAGAAAGGAUUGGCAUUGCCCUGUUUGUUAAUCACCCAAAAGCUGCUAUUGCCAUGCGAGACUAUGGGAACAGCAACAUCGAGAAACUCUCCCUUGAGUCUAUGGGAGACUUUGUUCAUGACACUCUUAUUCCAAAGCUUGCUGCGGAGGAAAAUGUUACGAAAGAGAGAUUUCUGAAAGCAAAUGGACUCAAAAAUGUGAGCAACGAUACCAUCCAUCGUUGGCUCCGCUUCCUUGGCUUCAGGCGCUGCGUGUACAAGAAAGGUUUCUAUGUUGACGUGCAUGAAAGACCCGACAUUGUAGAGUCACGCAUCAACUAUUGCCUUGAGCUAAUGAAACUGGAAGUGCAUUGUGCUGUUUGGGUGCAGUUGACGGCCGAGAGAGUAAAUGAAUUGAAGGAAGCAAAAAGAAUCAACCCUGACAAUCUAGGCAUUCCUGUUACGAGUGCUGCUGAAGGAGGAACCUCGCUCCUGGAAUUUCAUGUUGAUGAUGUCUUGGAUUCCGAAACCCUACCGGAAGUUGCGGAAAGUGAUGACGGUAGCAAGUUUGGUGGCAAUCAUAGCCUCAGGCUUUCUCCUGAUGACGAUCGAUACAUGAUUUGGGGUCAAGAUGAGGUUGUUUCCAAUGAAAAGGCGAUGAAUUCCAUGGCAUGGUAUGGGACUGAAGGCCAACAAGCGCUUCGCCCCAAAGAUUUGGGUGCUUCGAUCAUGAUAUCUGGCAUUGUAAGCAGAGAGGCCGGUUGGUUGCCAACGCCUACUUUUGAGCAGCUACUGCGUAUUAACCAAAACAGAGAAGGCAAGAUGUAUGUUGCUACGGAAGCUGCCAUUGCUGUACUGGGCAGUGCGAACAAGCGUCCCUUGACCGAAGAAGAUAUACGGUUAUAUACUUUCUGUUGGCACAUCCAGCCAGGCCAGAAUAAUGACGGGUACUGGACCAACAAUCAUACCCUCGUCCAGUAUGAAAAUGUUGCCGACGUUGUCAAUGUGAUGUUUCCGAACCACAAGCACGUCAUCUGCUACGAUCAUAGCCAAGGCCAUUGUGCCAAGCGAAAGGAUGGUUUGGAUGCCGCCAGGCUCAACUUGUAUCCAGGAGGUCGGCAACCGUUGAUGCAUGACACGUCAUUAUCAGCAGGGUGUAUCGGAAACCACGACAACAACGGAUUGAGGCUAGAAGUGGGUGCAGUGCAAUCAAGUGUCUUUCGUGAGUCUGAUCAAGGGCCAGCUUGGAUGACGCCAGAGGAGCAAGCUGAAGGAAAAUACGACAAAACUUUUGAUGGAGAGGUAGUGAAGCGGACUUUGCGAUCAAAGAAGGAGAUUCAUGCAUACCUGCGUGACAAGCUUGGUGAAGCUUCAGGAUUGCCCGCAGAUUGCUCCCACCUGUCCUUGGCAUCGUUACGAGAUGUGGCAAAGAAGAACAAGCUACUACCAAUGGUUGUGGAAGAAGUCAAGAAGCAAAAAGGAUGGGUAAACGCUCCAAAAGGAGCGCUGCAAUUGUGCAUUGAGCGUGGCUUGAUUGACUUGAGCAACGUGACGAAGAAGAAGAAAAGCUAUUACACAAUGGACGGCCGAAAGGAUCCCAGGAAUCCUGGCUGCAUAAUCGAAGGGACGAGUCUUCGACUGCUACUCGAGCAGUGUGACGAUUUCCGACGAGAAGUCUCGAUGCUAGAAUGGGUUGCGAAGCAGUACAACUGGAGAGUUCUGUUCUCACCGAAGUGUCAUCCUGAAAUCGCAGGUGUUGGUAUAGAGUACGAUUGGUCCGUGGCAAAGAAUAAGCUUCUGCGCAUUCCACUGGCUGAGCGAAAAGGAAAGGACAAGUUCCUUGACAAGGUGCUGAACGUUUGCUUCGACAACAAAGCUACUUUGACGAAGAGAGUGGUCCGUGGUUGUGCUCGUAAAGCAAGACAGUUCGUCAUUGCUUAUCUCCUGCUUCAUGCAAUCGAAGCCGCCAAAACAGAAGACGAUGACAACGGUGGCAACGGCAACCAAGCUUUGACUGGAGAGGUUUCCGUGGAAACAGUUCGGUCAAAGAAAACCGAGCUCAAGUUCGCAACUAUCCAGGCCGCUAGAAAGAUGUACAAGCGACACCGAGGCAUUGCUAUCUUCAACCGCGAUGCCGAUAAAAUAUCUUUCAGUAGCAGCGAGAGCAUUGCGGAGUUUAUGAGAAAAGCCAACAACAAGAAAUAG